AUGCUGUUGUCGUUCUACGACAUGCUGUUCCUGCUAUUGUACUCGCUGCUGUACAUGCUGUCGAUUACUGCUGCAGAUGUGGCGGUGGAGGUGGAUGAGGGGGGAGGCUGCGGUGGCGGUGGUCGUACAAGGAGAUCUCUUGACAACCUUCGCAAUCGUUUUGGUGUAAAGAAAUCAGCUAAAGGUAAAUGGACAGCCAGCGGAACACCAGUAUCCCAGAGAGAAGAGGGAGCAGUUCGUCGUCAACGCCGUGUGCUUGAUACUUCGUCGGCUUACGUCCGUGGCGAAGAAAAUCUCGGACAUUGGCGACCACGAGGGAAUUCGCUCAUUUCCGAGCAUCAAUGGGAACUGGAAAAGCUUACAAGGCUUCAACAGGGCAAGAGAAAAGGAGAAGCCAAGACGCCCGUAUCACCAUGCGAACCUGUACGACCUAUACCAAGUGCUGUUACGCUCAACAAUAGGAGGAAGGUGAAUAUUAAUUUGCAGGUAGUCUAA